AUGGAAGACGCGCAUGAUGCUAAAAUUAAUGAGGAUGAAACUGUUGCCGUGUUUGGAGUAUUUGAUGGGCACGGAGGACAACAAUGUGCAGAGUACUUGUCAAAUCAUUUGACAAAGUAUAUUUUCAAACGACUCAUACAUCUACAAGACGCAAGUCGUUAUAACAGCAGUAGCAGCGGAAAAGUUUCUAGCAAUCAACAAGUUCUCAAGAUUUUGAAAGAUUCAUUUUUUAAGAUGGAUCACGAUUUGUCCAAUUCACAAAGCUAUAUCAAUUGUGGAUCAACUAGUGUCGUGGUGGCAAUUUUCAACAACAAGAUAUAUGUGGCAAACACUGGCGAUUCACGAUGUAUAAUAUCCACCAAUGAAGGCAAUUCCAAGACGUUAUCAUUUGACCAAAAGCCAAGUGUGAUUGGAGAAAGAGUACGCAUAGAGAAUAGUAAUGGGUAUGUGAUUAACAAUCGAGUUAAUGAAGUGUUGGCAUUGAGUCGAGCAGUUGGAGAUUUUAAAUUCAAGACUCCGUAUCUUACAUCUACAUUGAACAAGUAUAUCCUUGACAAUAUUACCGAAAUGUAUAAAAAGGGCCAGCAAGAGCAACUGAAUCUGAAACUGGGCAGUAGUGGUAGUAACAAGAGUAGUAGCAACAACAACAACAACAACAACAACAACAAUAAUAGCAAGCUGUCCUUGAGUAAUAAUACUAGUAACCUGUCACCACCAUCGCUACAGAUAUCGGAUCAUGAAUACAUACACAUUCCACCAGAAUUAUUUCAAGUAACUGUUGAACCAGAAAUUCUUAUAUUUGACAUGAAUGAAUUACAAACACCCGAAUUCAUUGUCAUUGCCUGUGAUGGAAUAUGGGACUGUUUCAAAAACGAUCAAUUAAUCAAAUUAAUCCGAGACAAAUUGGUACUAGGAUGGAAAUUGAAUAAGAUUGUUGAAUAUAUUUUAAAUGACAGUUUAACCAUGGCUAAUAACUAUACUGGUAUUGGGCUAGAUAACAUGACAUUGAUUAUAGUGGCUUUACAUCCUGGUAAAAGUCUAGACGAUUGGUAUAGUGAUAUGAUUUUCAAGAUUGAAAAGGAAAAAGGAUUACAUUAG